AUGAAGAUUGCAAUCAUCUACUAUUCAACUUAUGGACAUGUUGGUAAAUUAUCAGCUACUGCAUUAGAAGCUUUAAAAGAAGCUAAUGUUGAAGCUGAUCUUUUCCAAGUUCCUGAAACUUUACCUCAAGAGGUUUUAGAUAAAAUGUAUGCUCCACCAAAAGAUGAUUCUAUUCCAAUCAUCACUGUUGAAGAUUUAACCAAAUAUGAUGGAUUCUUAUUUGGUUUACCAACUCGUUUCGGUAAUUUACCUGCUCAAUUCAAAAGUUUCUGGGAUCAAACCGGUGGUUUAUGGGCUAAUGGUGCAUUAAAUGGUAAACCUUUCGGUAUUUUUGUUAGUACUGGAACUCCAGGUGGUGGUCAAGAAGCUACUUUCAGAAAUUCUUUAUCAAGUUUCAUCCAUCAUGGUAUGAUUUAUGUUCCUUUAGGUUAUGGUGAAGCUUUCCCAUUAUUAACUAAUUUGGAAGAAGUUCACGGUGGUUCACCAUGGGGUGCUGGUGCUUAUGCUGGUGCCGAUGGUUCAAGACAACCAAGUGAAUUAGAAUUAAAAUUAGUUCAAAUUCAAGCUAAAAACUUUGCUUCAGUUGUUGAAAAAUUUACUUCAACUAAACCUGCUGAAGUUCCAGCUGAAAAGAAAGUUUCAGAAAAAGUUGCAGAAAAAGAACCAGAAAAAGUUGAACAAUCAACUGCUAGACAAGCUCAACAAAAACCUGCUGUCAAAGAAGAUGAUUCAUUUUGUUCAAAAUGUAUAAUUAUGUAG